CUCACUACUUUCCUCACCACAGCAGCUCACGAGCUCAAAAGACACACAUUCCAAAAGCAUCUGUGGCCAUCUCCUCCUAGUCCUAGGCUCGCGUCAAUGGCGGCGUCCACCAUGGCACUCUCCUCCCCUGCCGCCCUCGCCGGCAAGGCGGUCGCCAAUGCCAAGGUGUUCGGCGAGGGCCGCGUCACGAUGCGCAAGUCGGCGGCCAAGCCCAAGCCCGCCGCGGCGUCGGGGAGCCCGUGGUACGGCGCCGACCGCGUGCUCUACCUCGGCCCGCUCUCCGGCGAGCCGCCGUCCUACCUCACCGGCGAGUUCCCCGGCGACUACGGCUGGGACACCGCCGGGCUGUCGGCCGACCCGGAGACGUUCGCCAAGAACCGGGAGCUGGAGGUGAUCCACUGCCGGUGGGCCAUGCUGGGCGCGCUCGGCUGCGUCUUCCCGGAGCUCCUCGCCCGCAACGGCGUGAAGUUCGGCGAGGCCGUGUGGUUCAAGGCGGGGUCCCAGAUCUUCAGCGAGGGGGGGCUCGACUACCUCGGCAACCCCAGCCUGAUCCACGCGCAGAGCAUCCUGGCGAUCUGGGGUUGCCAGGUCGUGCUCAUGGGCGCCGUCGAGGGGUACCGCGUCGCCGGCGGCCCGCUCGGCGAGGUCGUCGACCCGCUCUACCCCGGCGGCAGCUUCGACCCGCUCGGCCUCGCCGACGACCCCGAGGCGUUCGCCGAGCUCAAGGUGAAGGAGAUCAAGAACGGCCGCCUCGCCAUGUUCUCCAUGUUCGGGUUCUUCGUCCAGGCCAUCGUCACCGGCAAGGGGCCACUGGAGAACCUGGCCGACCACCUCGCCGACCCCGUCAACAACAACGCAUGGGCCUACGCCACCAACUUCGUCCCCGGCAAGUGAGUGUGGAUCUCCGGCGAGCAACGGCGGUGAGGUCCAUUGCUUUCAUGCAGGCUGCGGUGAGACGCGCGACGUUCUCCUCUUUCCGCGUACCCGAAUAUUUGCUUCGUUCGUUCAGAUUGUGUAAAACAAUGUUAUCUGGUUGGUUGAUGAAAGAAGUACAAUGGACCUGAUUGUGUAAAAUAAUUUUUAUCUGAUUUGUUCCUGGGAAA